AUGAAGAGGAGACCAGCUUUGUUACUGAUUGCUCUAUCCAGAUCUAUCGAGGUCUUCUUCACCNACGGAGAUCCAGAUGAAGAGGAGAUCAGCUUUGUUACUGAUUGCUCUAUCCAGAUCUAUCGAGGUCUUCUUCACCAGAUCUAUCAAGAUCCCUUCUCUAUUCUUGAUAAUGUUAAGCUAUCUGAUUCAAAUCCAAAAGAUUUUACAAUGAAUUUGAAUUAUGGGUUGAGAUCUAUAAGGAACUCUGCGAAGCUUUUGAUCAGAGAAAUGGAGUCUGCGAACUGGGAUAUCGAAGCUGCUUCAAAUGCCAUAGAGUCUGGAGUUAUAUUCAAGAACACAAAUCACAAAGGUUUCGCUUUUGAAUCAUUUGUGUGCAAAGAAAUGUUUGAUGGGUUCAACAAACCCAAUUUCCCUCUCCUAAACGAGGCUUUAACAGAUGAUAAUUUGAGUCGAUUUUUCUUCUUUGAUCAGUUCAAGAAGUUAAAAUCAGUGGGUUNUGAAUCAUUUGUGUGCAAAGAAAUGUUUGAUGGGUUCAACAAACCCAAUUUCUCUGUCCUAAACGAGGCUUUAACAGAUGAUAAUUUGAGUCGAUUUUUCUUCUUUGAUCAGUUCAAGAUGUUAAAAUCAGUGGGUACAAUUCAUUUUCUCAAGAAAAAUACAAAUUCUUUGUUUGGGAAGUUCUUGAAGACCAAGUAUCUCCUUUUGGUUCACCCGAAAAUGGAGACUUCAUUUUCCGGGAAUCUGAAUCAGCGAAAGAAAAUUAAUUCUGGGGAGUAUCCAGAAACGGAGUUUUUCAAAGCAUUUGCUGAAAUGGCGAGAAGGGUUUGGCUUUUACACUGUUUGGCGUUCUCUUUUGAUCAAGAAGUCAGCAUUUUUCAAGCGAAAAAGAGAUCAACAUUUUCUGAAGUAUAUAUGGACAGUGUGGACAACGAUGUUUUUCCGGUGGCUGACAGCGAUUUUGUGGUGGGGUUCACGGUGGUUCCGGGCUUCAAGAUUGGCAAAACGGUGAUACAAAGUCAGGUCUAUUUAUCUCCGGCGGUUGCCCCGUCGACGUGAUACUGUUUUUUAAGUGAUGGGUAAUCUCCACGCGCUUAGGCACGCGCCACCGGUGAAAGGGUGGAGCCAAACUGGGAAAAUUGGAAUGAAGGGUAAUGAGUUAGGUAAUGAGUUAACUAUCUAUUUACUCCAAUUAUACUAUUUGUGUAAAUCAAG